UUGGCAUCCUUUCUAUACCAUCCAUACUAUCAUUGCUGUUCAUAUAUUGUUUUGAUUACCGAAUAUAACUGUGAAUUUGUGAUAAUACUAUUUCAGUAUUGAUAACAAAAACUGAGAAUGUAUUGCCAUCUCUGUCACACGGAGAUGUCACCAUCUCACAAUGGCAGCUCAGGGCACCGGGCUGCGCGGGAGCUCGUUGCUGCUGCUUUGGAAAGACUGAGCAAUCAUCUAUCUGCUGCGGACUCCACUGAAGUCUCUAAAGCAUCUUCCGAGGCGGAGACAGACAAAAGUGCAAAGACUCCGGAGGCUGUCGGUUUCUGUGACACUUGUAACAUUGUGUAUCCCAUCAAUGAACAAACGUCCCACUACAGACAGAAGAAGCAUGCCUUGGCAGUGCUCAAUGAGCAGGAGUUUGAAGAGCUUGUACAAGCGUAUAUCGGCGAGGAGCCAAAAUCGGAGACACCGAGCGAAGCGAGCGACGAUGUGGCAUUUGUCGACGAGAGUGAAGCUGUCAACAUAUACAACUGUCACCUAUGCGCGCUCGAAGUGCCUCGCGUAUUCCGAACCGAGCACGAGCGCAGCUCGCGGCACCGCGCUAGCCGAACAUUCGCGCUCGCCGCCGCUCGCCGCGCUCGCGACACGUUCUCGAACGCAGAUAAAUGUGAUGGAAAUAAGUUUAGUGGCAAAAUGAUGAAGAAGCUGCUGAAAGCGUAUACUGGGGAAAUUGAUUGUACUGAAAAUAUAGAAGAACCGGAGCCGACCAACCCAGAACCGGACUCGACGAAAACCGAACCAAAAUUGACACCCAAACAAUACUUCACAGACAUCCUACCUUACCUGCCCUACGUUGGCACCUUUAAUACCCUAUACAUUGACAACACUGAAUUUGUAACCAUUAAAAUUGGUACGGAAACCCUCAAGAUACAUGUGAACAAUUUAAAUGGGUUAUAUAAUAUAGACGGGAAGGAAGAAUAUUACAUGAGCUGUAGACUUUGUGAUGGGUUUUCGACGGUGUACUACCCAUCGAUGGGGCAGCAAGAUAAGCUGCAUGUGAUGUCGUUGGGACAUGUGAAGAAUGUGAUGUUGCCUGUUGACAAUGUGCAUUUAAUAAGAAAGGUUGACGACACCCAUUCCAUGUGCCACCUUUGCAACCUACACAUAUCUCCAUUCGCAGUCGAAAACCACAUAUUAAAGGACACCAGACAUACAACAGCUCUAACCGAAGCUUUAGAACUAGGAAAAGACUUUAAAGAAACAGGUGAUCACUUGAAAAUCAUGAUCUACAUGCAACCAGCACCGAAACCAAGUAUUUUCAAAAAUAAUCAGAAUAAAUGGACUUUUGGUAUACCUCAACAUCCAAAAAUUACUCUUUUUAAUGCCAAAAACAGCUUUGGGGCGACUCCUCAAAUUUUUGGAAAUGCACAGAACGCUAGUGCGCCUAAUUCUGGUUUCGGAAUACCUGCUUGGAAUCCUGUUGCUCAAAACACAGGUUUUGGCUGUAACACUGGUCAAGCGUUUUCUGGUAAUUCUAGUGCUCAAAAUACAGGCUUCGGAAGUGCUUUUGGGAGUGCUGUCCAAAACGCUGGUUUUGCCAAUUCUACUGCUCAAAACGCUGGUUUUGCCAAUUCUACUGCUCAAAACACAGGUUUUGGUAGUUCUACUGUUCAAAAUGCAAGUUUUGGUAGCGCUGAGCCAAGCAAUUUUGGUUCUAAUGCGCAGAGUAAGAGUAGUCUUUUUGGCACUACUCAGAACACAGGUUCUUUUGGCAACGCUCAAAACACUCCUUGCUUUGGCGCAGCACAAAAUAAAACUACUAGUUUUGGCGCAGCGAAUAGCGGUUUUGGCGUAGCACAGAGCACCACAAGUUUUGGCACAGCACAUAAUGCUAGUUUUGGCGUAGCUCAGAAUAAAAGUACUAGUUUUGGCGGAGCACAAAAUGACGGUACCAGUUUUGGCGUUGCGAAUAACGCUACAGGUUUUGGCGUAACACAGAAUAAAGACACAGGUUUUGGUGUAACACAGAAUCAAGGUACCGUUUUUGGCGCAACCCAGAAAAUUACUUUGAAUAACGGCACAGGUGGCGUAGCUCAGAAUAACGCUACCAGUUUUGGCGCAUCGCCUAAUAACGCUGCAGGUUUUGGCGGACUUCAAAUGAAUACUAUCCGUCUCAGCACAGAACAGAUACAAGCUUUAAGUAUAGGCAUAACACAGAAGAAUGCUGCAGGCAUUAAUGUACCGCAAAGUAAAGCCGGUUUUGGCGCACAAAAUAACGCUACUCAAGGCGCAAACCAGAAAGGUACCGGUAUUGGCGCAACGCAUAUCGCUACUGAUUUUGGCGCAGUUCAAAAGGCUAUUGGUUCUAUUUUUGACAACGCACAGACUUCGUUAAAUACUCAAAAACAAGAACCAGAUAAGGUCGUUGAUAAUAAACAGUCAAAGCAUUCCACUUUUAAUACGUCACAAACUGUGACUACUGGUUUUAAAUUUGUCCGAAGUCAAUCUGAUAAAUGUCAUCAAGAUAAACAAACUAACGAUAAGAAUCAGACGAAAACAGACAGUAACGAUAAAACACAGAGAGCUAAACGUUCUCCUCCGAGAAAAUUAAAUUAUUCUUCUUCAUCUUCUGAUUCGGAGUAAGAUACAAUGUAUGUAUCAAGUAAAAAACAAUAAAUAACUGACAUUUAUUUAUUCAAUGUAUGAGGUUAUUUACGGAGGGUAGUUACGGAAUUUAAAAAAAAACUUUUUUUUUUUAUCAUUAUGAGGUGUAUUUACUUAGGCAAUUCCGAAUCAUUUCUGAUCUGAAAAACACCCAUAAUUCUACGAUAACAUAAAUUAAUUAUCGGAAUUAACUUACAAGCAGAAAAGAUUCGAAGUUACCCGAAUACAUUUCUUAUUAUAUAUGACAUAUUAAUUAAUUGUGGUUUCUGUUUGUUGUUGUAAAGUUAAUUUUUAUUUUGAUAAAGACUGGUUCGCACUAUUUUUAAUUCAUUUUGAUAAUUAUGUACAGUUAUGGGCAUAAAUAUAUAUACAUUCCCACGUCUCAAAAACACAUACGCUCUUACACCUUAGACAAUGAAGUCGUGUUCACUUAUUUUUGAGCCAUUUGUCUGGGUCGAUAUUUUUGCCUUCGACUGUACUUAAUUGUAAAGUUAGAAUAUUUAAGAAUAUAUUAUUGUACUAGAUGUAUGCAUACUUAGAUAGUUAUUAAUAUUUGCACGCCUUUUUAAGGCAAAAUAGUUGAACCAAUUGGUACCUAUUGACCAUCUUACUGUACACUAUUUUAUGCAAAUAAAUUACUUAAUCACAUAUUAUAAACAUCGGUACACAUAUUCAAAUUCAAUUUUCUAAUACCAUUGACUGAGCCGCUAAAGGAUAACAUUUCUACGCAUUUUUAUCUGCCUGCCGUUCGCUCCAGUCGCUAGCAGUAGGAUAUUAAACUGAAGCCGCGUUUUCACUUAGAGCUCGUUCCCACUAUGUCGGAUGUCGGUCCGAUUUUUAAUCGGGUGUCGUAGCGGCAGAACAUUUUAUAUGAAGCUGUUCACACACGAAGGACGAUUUUGUGUCGUAUCCGACAUAAAUUAUCGUGCGUUUUGUCAGCCCUCCGUCCGAAAAAAAAUCGUGUCGGCGGCGCUGUUCACAUGAUGUCGGAUGUCGGACCGACCCCGCCUGCGCCGCACCCCCUGUGCCUCCCGCGCGUCAAAUAACCUCAAAUGGCACCAGCUGCGGUCGUGGCCGACAGCCGACUAGUGUGAACAGAGGCACCGACACCCGAUUAAAAAUCGUCCCGACAGCUGACUAGUGUGAACAGAGGCACCGACACCCGAUUAAAAAUCGUCCCGACAGCUGACUAGUGUGAACAGAGGCACCGACACCCGAUUAAAAAUCGUCCCGACAGCCGACUAGUGUGAACAGAGGCGCCGACACCCGAUUAAAAGUCAGCGCCGACAUCCGACAUAGUGGGAACGAGAUCUAAAUUGUGGCUUUACGUACAUACGAGCUCAGAGCCUGCUGUUUGGUGUUUUUGUUCCAAGUGUACUUCUCAUGUCAUAUAAGAUUUUUUGCAGAUAUUUGCAAUAUGUCAGAUUUGUUAGCAUAUACAGGUUGGCCCAAAAAUAGUUUUUUUUUACUGCGGUAUAUUAAUAUUGUCUUCGGUUACCGCGAUAGUUACUCAUGAAAUAAAACUAUGAAAACGGAUUAUAUCGCGUAUAUUGAAUUUAUAAUACAUCCCGACGUUUCGAACCCUUUACAGCGUUCGUGGUCAACGGGUAUAUUGCGGUAUAUUGUUGGUAAUUUUAAUUAACGUUUGCGUUUGUGUAUAAAAGCUAAAAAGAACUUUUUAAAAUAAUAAGUUUUGUUUCAUCAAAGAGCAUAUAAUAAGAUAGAGUGGUACUGUCGUAGUAGAUUUUGUAACCACAGUAAAUUCACUGCCAUCUAUCGACACACCUUAAAACUAAAAAUGAAGAUUUAUAAAAAUACGAUAAAAUGUAUUUGAAUAUGGAUAAAUGAUUUUUUUUAUUUGAAUUAAUUAUUUUUAUUAUUUUGACCCAUGUUCUUCCGCUGAUAUGCGUUUAAAUUGUUAAAUAACAAACGAAACCCAUCAACGCCAUCUAUACGCUCCCGCCAUCUGUAUUUCCUGAUCAAUACGCCUAAUGGCAAGACCAUGGUGAUUCCAUAUCUAUGUUCCAUCAUUGUAUAUACCCAUGUUCUACAGACAAUAAACGAAUUAUGAAUUAUGAAUAUGACCUCGGUCUCUUUAAAACAAGAGUGAAUAGGCUGUUACUGAACCGGUGAGCUCCAUCUUAGGCCCUGUCUUCACUUUCCAUCAGGUGUGAUUAGGGCCAAUCGCCGAUCAGU